GGUGUAAUGAGGCAGGCCUGAAAAGAACAUGAAGAGCAGCUAGAAAAAAGAUUAAAACAAACCGCAAACAAAAAUUUAAACUGCAACGGCAGUGGGAAGCCUGCCAAACUGUCAGGGGGGCCGCUGGAUGGUCACGGUGCCGAAGGCGCACUCCAGGAAGACAAGGCUGUUGUGGAGAAGCUAAAUGAAGUUUUUGCAAUGGGCUCCCAGGGCGAUCUUGGCAAUUACAGGCCGAAUGUCGUUGGCUGCUUAUUGUGUAUUUUGCUGCAGAAGAAUAGGAACUUCUGGUCCAACCACAAAAAGUGAUCUGUUGUGGAAAAAUAUCAGAAAAAUUUCAAAAUUAACUGGAUCACUUAUUCUCGGAGGUUUUGUAUUUAUUACAUAUGAAGUUCUGGCCCUAAAGAAGUUACUGACACUCGAUACUCAAGCUGUACAGCAAGAGAAACUGAAGUCCUAUAUUUAUAUAAAUACAGUUUCUUUAGAUCCCAGUGAAUGUCAAGGAAUCACAUGCAAGGCAAGAAAAGAACUUCAUAAAGUAGUGAGGAAAAUACUAGAAACUGAAGCUAAAAUUCUCCGGAGACCUUUUGAUGAAUAUUUCAGUACGUUUACAGAAGAUCAUGAACGUGCCUUGUGGGUCCUCUUGAAGAGAAGUCAAUCAGAAGACAGAAUCGUUCGACUGCAGGCGGUGCAGCAACUGGCAGAGAACGGUCACUGGCAUGAUUAUCAAUAUAGGACGAUUGCUCAAGCCUGUGAUCAGAGGACUGUGAUUGGUUUGGCCCGAUCCAAGGAUAUUGAUCUUCGGUUUUUUUUGCCACCACCUCCCUUACCAAAAGUAAAAGAUGUCCCAAAUGAUUUCUCAAUUUGGAAUGAAUUAGUCCAAAGGAAGAAAACAUUCUUUCAACACCGGCAGAAGAAGCUACUGCUGUUAAAAGAUUAUGCUAUAGAAGAUGAGCUCCGAUUGUUAUUGGUAUCUUUACCUCAGACUGAUCUUGAGCAAUGUGUCCAGUACUUCACAUCUCUGGCUUUAAGAGAAAGCAGUCAGACUCUAGCUGCACAAAGGGGGGGCUUGUGGUGUUUUGGAGGAAAUGGGCUUCCUUAUUGCGAGACUUUGAGUAAAGUCCCUUCAGAGACAGUAGAACUCUUCUGUUUACAAGCUUUAGUGCAACAUUCAAAGGUUUCUACUCAUUGUGAUAAAAUUGAAGCAAAUGGAGGUCUUCAGCUACUACAGAGGAUAUACCAGCUUCGUAACGAUUCUGCGAAAAUACAAAGGAACAUAAUUCGCAUCAUUGGAAACAUGGCUUUGGAUGAACGUCUUCAUUCAUCCAUAGUACGUGCAGGUUGGGUUUCCAUACUAGCUGAAGCAAUGAAGUCUCCUCAUGUCAUUCAGUCUUCACAUGCAUCCAGAGCCCUGGCUAAUCUGGACAGAGAGACAGUGCAGGAAAAGUAUCCAGAUGGUGUAUAUGUUUUACAUCCACAGUACCGUAGCAGUCAGCCCAUUAAAGCAGACGUCCUUUUUAUUCAUGGUCUUUUGGGAGCAGCAUUUAAAACCUGGCGACAACAAGACAUUAAAAGGCCUUUGGAUGUAAAGGCUUUCGAAGGGGAAGAGGUUUACAGUGAAUGCUGGCCAAAGACCUGGCUAGCCUCAGACUGUCCUUCGCUUAGAAUUGUAUCUGUGGAGUAUGACACCCACCUGAGUGAUUGGAAAACAAAGUGCCCUAUUGAGGACCACAGGAAAUCUAUUGCUUAUAGGAGCAAUGAGCUUCUUAACAAGCUUAGAGCUGCUGGUGUUGGAGACAGACCUCUGGUAUGGGUAUCACAUAGCAUGGGGGGUCUUCUAGUUAAAAAGAUGUUGGUGGAUGCUUCAAAGAACCCAGAAAUGGAUAAAAUUGUAAACAACACCCGAGGAAUCAUAUUUUAUAGUGUACCUCACCAUGGCUCCCAGCUGGCUGAAUACUCAAUGAAUGCUAGAUAUCUUCUCUUUCCUUCUGUGGAGGUUAAGGAACUCAGCACAGAUUCUCCUGCCCUUAAAGAACUAAAUGAUGAUUUUCUUUCAUUUGCCAAGGAUAAGAAAUUUCCAGUCUUGAGUUUUGCAGAAACCUUACCAACGCAUAUAGGUAGCAUGAUAAAACUUCAUGUGGUACCUGUGGACUCAGCCAAUUUAGGCAUAGGAGACCUAAUUCCAGUGGAGGUUAAUCAUCUGAAUAUUUGCAAGCCAAAGAAAAAAGAUACUUUUCUAUACCAAUGUACUGUAAAGUUUAUUCAAGAUGCUUUAGCAAGAGAACUGAGAAGUUGAGUCUUUACCAUCCUUGCUUGCUUCUCUCUCCCAUUUGGUGUAAUGCAACAAAGUCUUUCCACUAAAACUGUUGGCAGGCCUCCAGAACUACAGACACGAUAUUAAUAAAAUCAGCUGUCCAAGUGGCUUUGAAUAUAUCUUCUGCUUGGAAAUCUACAUUGUCUACGUCUGAAAUGCAUUCAACAUAUAUACAAACAACCACAGCCCCAGAAAUCUGGCAAUAAAAGGUGAAAGUCUGAUGUGAUUCACUUUGACUUAUUGACUACAUGUAUGUAAUUCCUCUGCUGAUUUGACCAGUAGGCAAUGGGAAUGCAGUGGAGGAAAGGCUUCAGGUAUCCUGUAGCUACUCUUCUGGAGCAGCAUGGAUGGGCUAUGAAGGGUGUCCCAUGGUUCACUUCUUAGCCAAGAAAGGUUGCUGUGAUUGAGAUGAAUGUACAUAUGGUAUACUAAGGACCAAAAACAAUAAACCCAGAUGAUGAUCUGUUUCUAUAAUAACGUAGAGAAACAAAUGGCUGUCUCAAAGUACACAUCUGCUAUCCAUGUUUGGGAGUUUGAAACCUAUUAAGAACAUAUGUGAAUGAUUCAAGAUAUUGUUUUGAUUGGACCAGUUUAUGCUGCUUGCCUUUCUGUUUAAUAGGCCCAGACAUUCUUCUAGUUUAAUUCACUUUUUACCAGUUGGCAUCAAUUGAUAACAAGCACAGGAAACAGAGUGCUGUGUGAGAAAGAGAAGCAUCACCUAAUCUUUUGAUCUCUGGUAUGGCAUCCUAUGUAAAGGAGACAGUGACAGUUUAAUUUAGUUUUAAACAAAAAGAUAAAUACAUUCUUGUGCUGUUCCAUUUUAAUUCUGUCAGCGUUGGGCUUCAAGAUCAUAGGAAAAGAACACUAGUGUGAGAAGUUUUUGACCUAGUUCUCUGCUCUGUCAUACAUGAGAUCUGGGUUGGGGACUUUUAUGCUGAUUUCUUGCUGCCUACUUUGGGAGUGCUGAAAAGGCAGCACACUUAACUCUUGGCCGGAGUGGCACCUGUUGCCCAAUAGGAAGCUCUCAGCUGAUUUAAGAAUGGUGUUGAUGAGGCUCAAAUAGAGGGAAACUUGUGUAGUCCUUCACAAGAAAGAUGGUGGCUGUGAUAUGAGGCUUUGGAAUUUGCAGGGGAGGGGGCAGGAGGCUAAGGCAGAAAACAUAAAGGAGUUCCCAGGGCUCCAUCAGAGCAUUUUAUAUUUGUGGGGGCCUAAAUUAACUUAUUGCUGUACAUGGAGGAAAAACAGCAACAGUUUCUUAAAUAAUUAUGUGGAGUGUUUCACUGUAUUUUUUUUUAUUAUUAUUUUUGCUAAAGCCCAGUAUGAUCUGGUUAACAGCAUCGAUGAGAGAGAAAUAUUUUGUAGAACAAGGGUAGCAGUGUUCAGCACCUUUCUUAAAGCCUUAAAUGAUUCCGAACCUAAUUAAGAGCAGCUUAGUUAUGGGCUUGAUUUAGCAAAGGACUAAUACUGAUCUAGUGGCCAAGAAAUGGUGAGGACCACAGCCACAGAAUCCCUGAUAGACUGUCUAGCCUUCACUGUCACCCGAGCAAAUCACCUUAAUAGUCCUGGAUUUUCCUAGCUAGCCAUUUAUCACCUAAGGCCUUUGUUGAUGAUGAUAGGGGAACCACUGGAAACUGUUUCAGGACUUCUUAAUAUGAUUGUACAACGAUGAUGGUAAAAAGCACAAUAAGAUGAUAUGAAGCUCAGAAGUCCCAUAGUAGCUUGUAUUAGUAUGAGUGUAUUGGUGGUGGUUUAGAAUACCGAGAUCACCCCUACUAGUCCAACCCUAGAGCACUCUCCUGUAGGAUGACCAGUUUUGGGAAAUACAGAACCCAGAGCAGUACUGAAGGCCAGGCAUGCUUUCUUUUGGAUCAAACCACAUGUAAGAAUUUUGGCUGCCACUAUUUCAGACUGAAAAUAUAAUUUGGGACUGAGUGGAACAGGGUGUAUGGAAUUUAUCAGGAUACACAGGGUUUUGGAUAAGCUGAGAACUUUGCAUUGUAAAACAUGCAAAUAGGGGGAACCAUUUUUGAGUAAAAAGACAUUUUUUGGCUAACGGAGUCAGAUCAACCAGAGUCUUUUGUAAUGCCUUGUACAAUAAAUCUGUCUGUAUGAGCUACAGUAACUGGAAUUCUUGAAACAAAUUUCAAUUUUUUGCAACUAACAAAUGUAUUAAUGUGUAACUUUAAAUUAAUAUGUGUAACUUUUUGUGUUUGGGAGAUAGUAAUGAAAUAUGUUUUUUUUAAAUUUGUACUAUAUCUCUUGAAAAAAUAUAUUAAACUUGAAUAAUCUGCUAAA